UCAUCACUACCAGCUCCGCCUUCGGGUCCUCAACUCCCUCGAUCCCGCUCCGCUUCUCACGAUCCUCAACACGGAAGGCAUGGUUCGCAGAGCCGGAGUGACGCUUUUGGUGGUGGCGCUGGUGGUGGUGGCACUCGUGUCCUCCGUGUCGGCUCAGCUCAACUUCUCCCCCGGCUGGGGCAAGAGGGCGGCUGCAACCAGCAGCAGCAAUGGUGGCGUGGGAGAGGGAGUGUCCGGUCUCCACCCCUCCGUUGGGGGCGCCCCGGGAGGAGUGGUACCCCCUGGAUCCUCCUCCGGGGAUUCCUGCGGCCCCAUCCCUGUCUCAGCUGUCAUGCACAUCUACCGACUUAUCAGGAGUGAGGCCGUGAGGUUGGUGCAGUGUCAGGAUGAGGAGUACCUGGGCUGAGUCGUUCCUUCCCCCGCCACAGUCAAGCUUGUGCACCCAGUAGAUGUUUUCUUCCGCCACAGUACUUCCCGCGCACGACCAAGAGUUCUAAUUUAUGGCCGCCUCGCACUCUGAGGUUUCCGACACUACCUGAGCUACCCCACGGAAACCUCGCGCUAUUUAUAUGAAAAGUUCUUCCUAAAAAAUUACUUGAGGGCUGGAUGAUUUGGGUAGGAAUCUUUGCUUUUGAUUAAAUUCCUCCAAGUCAA